AUGUAUAGAAUAGGAGUUGACGUUGGUGGGACCAACACAGACUCGGCCAUUCUCGAUGUCACAGCCUUAGACUCACCGACACGAGGAGUGCUUGCCUCGUCGAAAUCACCAACCACUUCAGACAUCACCAGCGGGAUCUACAACGUCAUAAAAGAUGUGCUAGCUAAAUCCAACACUCGAAGACCGGAGGUACUGAGCGUUACCAUCGGAACGACACACUUCGUGAACGCAGUCGUCGAAGCCGAUGAGAGGAGACUCAGCAAAGUCGCGGUGGUCCGACUCUGCGGUCCGUAUACUCGACAGAUCCCGCCGUUCUCAGAUUUUCCUGUGAGGUUGAGGAAGAUCGUUGACGGCGGAGUCUACUAUGUGGACGGUGGCUUCGACAUCGACGGCAAGGAGAUUCAAGCACUUGAUGCAAAGCAGAUUGAAACCGUGACCGAAGAGAUUAAGAGUGCUGGCACUACGGCAGUUGCAGUGGUGGGAGUAUUCUCGCCACUGGACUAUGGCUGUCUUCAGGAAGAACGGUGCAAAAGCAUAAUGCUCGGCUUGGACCAAAACCUAGCCAUUACGUGCUCUCGCGACAUUGGACCUCCUGGAUUGCUCGAAAGGGAGAACGCAACCAUACUCAAUGCUUCAAUCCUCUCUGUUGCCCAAAGGGUCAUCCACGGAUUCAGGAGAGCGAUGAUGCGACUGAGUUUAACUUGUCCUUUGUAUUUGAGCCAGAACGAUGGUACUCUCACAGAUGUUGAGUCCGUUUUGGAAUUUCCUAUCAAGACCUUUGCCAGCGGACCAACGAAUAGUGCGAUGGGCGCGGCGUUCCUCGCAGGCUUAGACAAGGCGCAUGCUGUGGAUAAGUCUGACUCAAGACCACAACAAGUCAUUGUUGUGGAUGUGGGUGGCACAACAACUGACGUCUGCGCACUGCUACCGUCAGGCUUUCCUAGACAGGCCUCUAGUUUUGUCGAGGUUGGUGGUGUCAGAACCGUGUUCUCCAUGCCGGAAGUGGCUUCAAUUGGCUUAGGUGGUGGCAGCAGAGUCAAGCAGAAUAAUUCUGGAGGAAAGGUGGUGGUAGGGCCUGAUUCUGUUGGACAUCUCAUUACCGACAAGGCUCUAGUAUUCGGCGGUGAUGUUAUGACAGCAACGGAUAUCAUCGCUGCCCGCGGAAAACACCAGAUAGGAAACCCGGCAUUGGUGGCAGAUAUCCCAGAGCGAGUAGUGAGCGACACCUGUUUGGAGAUCAAACGAAUGAUCCAGACUGUUAUCGAAGAGAUGAAAGUCUUAGCGGAUCCGCCUAUGGUGGUUCUAGUAGGCGGUGGGUCCAUCCUAGUGCAGGACGAUUUAGACGGAAUUGUGUCAUGUAUUCGACCACCACAUCACGACUCGGCGAAUGCUGUUGGAGCGGCCAUUGCGAAGGUAGCCGGUGAAGUCGAUACUAUUGAGAUCCUUCAAAACCAAGAUGAGAGACAAAUAUUGCAGAAGGUAAAGGCGAACGCAGUCGACCUUGCCAUCAGAAAGGGCGCUGCUAAAGAAGAGGUAAAAAUCGUGUCAAUCGAUAAAAUCCCCCUUCAAUACGUCACCAACAAAGCCACAAGAUUCAUCGUCAAGGCUGUCGGGCGAUUGGAGUCUGGAGCAGAGAUGACACCUGCUCCUAAACCAGAAACAUCACCAAAAACCAACGCUUUUGACCUUGCAGAGGAGCCGGCUGAAGAAGGGGUAAAGAGACUGGCGGAUCGAGAGAUUAAAGAGACUCCGCACAAGCCGUCCAUGAAUCUCGACAUUCCAUCUUACCGCCCACACGUGAGAGAUGGAAUAUGGUCUCUAUCAGAAGUGGAUCUGGAGUUCAUUGCGUCAGGGACUGGAGUCCUGGGCACUGGUGGUGGCGGACCAUCCUAUCGUGAGUAUCUCGCAAGCCUGGAUUGUCUACGCACCAAAGGCUUUGGCAGAAUCAGGGUCAUUUCUCCCAAGGCCUUGAAGGAGUCUGAUUUGGUUGCGUUCGGGUCUUGGUAUGGCGCCCCAAGCGUGUCAGGAGAAAGAAUCCCGGCUGGAUGGGAGAUUCAGAACGCUAUCGACACGGUGAACAAGGUUUUACGAAACACUGAUUUCCAGGCAAUGGUCGCCGAUGAGAUCGGUGGUGGCAAUGGCCUGGCCGCUUUCUCUGUGGGGGCACACUAUGACAGACCUAUCGUUGAUGCAGACGGUAUGGGUCGAGCGUAUCCUUCCAUGGAGCACAGCACAAUUUAUCUCAACGGCUUUCCGAUCACACCGUGCGCAAUUUCGGACGCAUGCGGCAACGUUUCGGUCAUUAUGGAGGCAGAAUCCAAUGCUCGUCUCGAGAAAAUGCUCCGGCAGAUCGCGAUAGAGCUUGGACUGGGUAUAGCAAUAUCAGCACGGCCACUACCAGGUCCGGUGAUUCGGGACUAUACAGUUCCCAACACUGUUUCGCAGGCAUGGUAUCUAGGGCGUGCUAUACAUCUAGCCCGUAAGGCAAAGACGAGCUACAUUCAAGCAAUCUUCGAAACCACACCGGGACGCCUGUUGUUCUCGGGCAAGGUUGUCGACGUUCGUCGCGAUGUCCAAUCUGGAUAUACCAUGGGGACUUGCAUCAUUGCACCGUUAUCUGAUGAUGAGAAGGAGCAAGGCUUUGGUUCGGACAUGGGCUCAGACGCUCGUCACCUCAAAAUCCCUUUCCAGAACGAGUAUCUGUACGCCGCAUACACAGAUGACGAGGGAAUCCGAGAGACAGAGGUUAUCUGCACCGUACCUGACCUUAUCUCUAUUCUCGGCCAAGAUGGCGAAGCGAUUGGAUCUCAAGAGUUGAAAUAUGGCCUCAAAGUCAACGUCAUUGGAAUGCCUGCCCAUCCGCUGUGGACUGAGAGUGAGAUGGGAAUGAAAGUUGGUGGUCCAGCAUACUUUGGUUUGAGCAUGCCAUGGAAGAGCGUUGGAAAAUACGAGAUGCCUAGAAGCGUUGUUGAUGACUUCGAUGGCUGA